GUGCAGGCAGCAGAUGUGUCCUUAGCAACACCUGGCCGGGAUGUAUUGGACAUGCUUUCCGCCAGUCCGGACUCCCGAUCCUUUCGCAAAGCGGAGCACAACGGAUGGACGGCGCUUCAACAGCAACAAGAGGAAGCGGCUUUUGCGCGGGAAGGCAGCCUCAGCUGGAGAGGAAGAGCGGAAAGGAGAAAGAAGGAAGGAAGGAAGGAAGGAAGAAGAGGAGGCCGGCGCGGGAGGCUUGUCUCGGACCAAAACAACAAAAAGACAAUCGCCCGCGGGACGAAAAAGGAAGCGCCGCCCCCUCUCUCCCUUUCUCUCUCUGUCUCCCCGGCACUUCCUGUCUGCUGCGAGGCCAGCGACGAAAGGAAGGAUCGCGUGCGCCCCGCUCGAGGACAGGAAGCGCUGCCGCUGCGCCUCCAUUGGCUGCGGGGGCGGGCGCGCGCGCGGGGGGGAGAGAGAGCGAGAGAAUCCCCCUCCCCUCUGCCUAAGCUAGCCUCGCGUUGGUACUCUCCCCCUCCCUUUCUCUUUCCCCGGGAGCGCGCGCGCAAAGCUGUGACGAAGCGCGCACGCGGGGGGGGGGGGUGACGGGCUGUCGGGUCGGCCUUGCGUGCGCGCUCCCGAGCGCCGAGGAAGGAAGCCCCUGGCUGCAGGUCAAUGCGAAGCCUCCGCCUCCUCCUCUCCAGCGGCAUAAACAUGGCGACUUCCCUGCAUGAGGGCCCCACCAACCAGCUCGAUUUGCUCAUCCGAGCCGUGGAGGCAUCUGUUCAUGGCAGCAAUGUGCACUGUUCAGAUAAGACAAUUGAGGCAGCAGAAGCCUUACUUCAUAUGGAGUCUCCAACCUGCUUAAGAGACGCUAGAACUCCUGUGGAAGUUCUUGUCCCACCUUGUAUGUCAACUCCAGAAUUCAUUCAUGCUGCAAUGAGACCGGAUGUGAUUGCAGAAACAGAAGUGGAGAUAUCUACAGAGGAGUCCGAACCAAUGGACACAUCGCCUAUCUCUACUUCUCCAGAAAUCCAAGAGCCAAUGAAAAAAAAGAAAGCUGGUCGUAAACCAAAGACCCAAGUGCCAUCAGCUAUUUCCAGUGCAUCUCCAGACUUGGGUAUGAAAAAGAAACCAAGAGAAGGCAAAGGGAAUACAACCUACUUGUGGGAAUUCCUUCUAGAUCUACUUCAGGACAAAAACACUUGUCCACGAUAUAUCAAGUGGACUCAGCGGGAGAAGGGCAUCUUUAAACUUGUGGACUCAAAAGCUGUUUCCAAACUAUGGGGAAAGCACAAGAACAAACCUGACAUGAACUAUGAAACAAUGGGAAGAGCGCUGAGAUAUUACUAUCAAAGAGGAAUUCUAGCAAAGGUUGAAGGCCAAAGGCUUGUAUACCAGUUUAAGGAAAUGCCUAAAAACAUUGUGGUUAUUGAUGACAAAAGUGAAUGCACCACUGAGGAAUUAUCAAUCCCCACGGAUGAAAAGUCAUUGGAACGAGUAUCGCUCUCUGCAGAAAACCUCUUGAAAGCAGCAGCCUCCGCUCGCACAGGAAAAAAUGCUUCUCAGUUGAACUGCACUCGAAUAGAGAAGCCUGUUACCAGAGUAGUGAAUAUCUCGUCAUCAGGGCACGAAAUCACAUCUUGUUCUCCUCCCACCACCACGGUCCCAGCAACACCUGCCCCCAGGACUGUUCGGGUGGCCAUGCAAGUGCCUGUUGUCAUGACGUCUCUGGGACAGAAAAUAUCCACUGUUGCAGUGCAGUCUGUAAAUACAGGGUCACCGUUGAUGACCAGCACAAGCCCAACAACAGCAGCAACCCCAAAGGUAGUAAUCCAGACAAUCCCUACGAUGAUGCCAGCAUCUGCUGAAAAUGGAGAGAAGAUCACGAUGCAGCCGACAAAAAUAAUCACCAUCCCUGCAACACAACUUGCACAGUGCCAGUUGCAAACAAAGACUGGUUUGCCUGGGACAGGCAGCAUUAACAUCGUUGGAACGCCACUGGCUGUGAGAGCACUUACCCCAGUAUCCAUAGCCCAUGGGACACCAGUGAUGAGACUCUCCAUGCCUGCUCAGCAGGCAGGUAGCCAUACUCCUCCCAGAGUUAUUAGUGCAGUCAUAAAAGGCCCAGAGGUCAAAUCGGAAGCCAUGGCUAUAAAGCAGGAAGGCAGCGAGUAUAAAACGCUGCAACUUGUGCAAGAAGAAAAGCCGGCAGAUGGAACCAAGACAGUUACCCACGUGGUCGUUGUCAGUACGCCCUCCGCCAUUGCCCUCCCGGUCACUAUGAAAGCAGAGGGAAUAGUAACGUGUGAGAAAUGAAGAAGAGGCAGCAACGAACAUUCAUUUGCAUAGACUCUUGUGGGAAUGAAGCAAACUGACAUAUUUAGGGAGACAGGGAAAUGAACAUACACAAUCAAGAAGAUAUAAACGAUUUUGAAAAAUUGUUAAUAGUUAUGCAUAUAUUAGAAAUUUACUGGAAAUUAAAUAAUGUCCCAUGUUUCAGUGGGAAUUGAACCACAUCCACAUACUGACACAAUUGCCUCUCACAAACUGGGCAGCUAAAGAAGCUGAUGAAGUUGGGAAAUUGGAAAACACUGAAAAGAGGGUUCAAGAGGCUUCUUGCAUUAGUAAGGUACACUAAGACAUAGAACACUAAGUAGGUUCUGUGUGGGUUAUUUGGUUAUACAUGAUUUCGGCAGAAGGAAGAGGCUCACUGUUACAAAAGACAAAUCUGAUGCAUUUAGUGUGCAUACCAGCAGCAAUUACCACUGUGUCCUCACAGGAUCCAACUGGUGCUAUGUGAAAAAAAUCAAACCUCUGCUAAUAAGUAUUCUAGAAUGUGAAUAAAAGGAAAGGAUUAAAAGAGUUUCCACGAGAAGAUGAAGAUCUAGAAGGAUUUUUUUGUAUCAUACAGCUUAAGCAGAUUUUAAAAUGAAAGCCUUAGACUGAUUUUCAGUUAUCUUUAUUGAAAUAAGCUAAUGGCUUGUUUGUGUAAAACAUUUUUUUAUUAAAACAAUUUUUUAAAAAUCUUAUACCUAGCACAGUAUUGUUAUAGAAUUACAUGUAACAUAUUUUGUACGGUAGUCAGGUCUGUCAAGUUUCUUAAUUGUGGGCAAAAUGGCCAUCCGGCUGUUUUGGCCUUUUGCUACACCAGGCUUGGGUUGCCCACGGAGCCCCGACAUCUGUGCAUACAUUUCAGCUUCAGCUUCUACUCUGUCACUUGAAAGGUCACGCUUGGCAUGAACUCAUGUCAGGUAGUUUAACAGCCUGUACAUUUUUUUAGUUGAAGUUAGAGGGAAGUACCAGUGUUCAGAAUGAACUAUAAUAGUUUGUAUAUUCAACAUUUAAAGUAUAUUCUAUUUUGUUGUACUCUUGUUUCAAAGUGUAUUCAAGUAGGUUUUACUGAAAUACAAACCUGAAAUUUAA